AUGUCGUCCAGUCCAGCAAACCUCGAUGAUUUUGUGAGGGCAGCCGGUGAUGGCAAGCUAUUACAGAUGAUGAAGGCUCUUCGCCAUCUGAACGAUCUGAACCAGCAGGACUCCGCCGGAAACGUAGCACUCUGCCAAGCUUCUAGAGGUGGACAUCACGCUAUCUGCUCUAAGCUGCUGAUGGAGUACAAAGUAAAUGUCAACGCCAGAGACUCGCAGGGAAAACGUGCUAUCCAUCACGCUGCAGCGGGUGGACACGACAAGGUCGUAGAGCUGUUCGUUUACAACGGAGCCACCGCUAACGUCGUAGACGACGAAGGGUGGAGCCCUCUACACCACGCGGCUCAGAGUGGAAAUCUGAACUCUGUUCGAGCACUUCUUAGGAAAGGAGUACUGUUGAAUGCGCAAACUCCAAACGGAGAUACGGCAACACACCUAGCAGUGCUAUCAAGCAAAUUCUCGCUUGACGUACUCAAAGAACUGAGUGGGUGGCCGGGAGUGAGAUUAGAUCUAAAGAACAAAGAAAGCAAGUCUGCACUAGAUGUGGCCAAGAGGAGUGGAAACAGGCAAGCCGUCGAACAUCUUACUAGCUCAAGCUUGCGCGAAAUACGAACUUUGAGCAAAAGACAAGAAAUCAUUCGAACUUCUGUGCAGUUGCCUGUUAGUAAAGAAAGCCCUAGACAUAUCAGGUCCGCAACAAAGCCCCGGCCAGCCCCUUGGAUUUCAAGUGGGAAGCAUACAGACACUGUUGACGGAUCUCGUCUUUUGUCACCUGACUCGUCUGACAGAACAACGAGUCCAAGUCGUCAAAACGUGACGCUUCCUCGAAGUAGCUCAUCUCGGUUGGAACCGCUAGAGGUUCAGAAAAGAGAACCUGCCAACACACUUAUGGAAACAGCAAGACGAAUCGAUACUCCAAGAAAAGAGGAGCAAGGCGACACGAAAGAGAUCACAAUUGAGGCUGGCAUAGCUAGCCUUUUGUCACCUGGUUUGUCAGAUGUAACAUCCGACAGAACAACGAGUCCAAACCGUCAAAAGGCGGCGCUUCCAAGUAGCCCAUCUCUAGUGGAACUGCUACAUGUUCAGAACAGAGAACAUGAGUCUGACGAUCUAGACGGAUCUAUGAAGACAGCAAGCAGGAUGGAUACUCCAAGAAUACAAGAGCAAUGCGAAACGAAGGGAAUGGAAGUCGAGGAGAUCCGAAUUACAGACACUAGACCACUAAUUAAUCAAGAGUUGGAGCACACGCCCACAGACGAAAACCCAGCGACGUUUACGGAACACCUAGUAAAUCUUUUUGAUGUAGGAAGCGUAAGACGAGAUCACGCGAUUGAAGAAGCUGGUAGUGGAAAUACUAGUGACUACAAUGCACCAACAGGUCAACAGUUACCAUCUGACACUCCCAAGCAGCUAACUCAGGCAGACGAUAACCAGAGAGAUGAUGGUCAGACUUUUGAUACCCUUGAAGAGAACAUACGGUUACAAGUGUGUUGCAUGGAAAUGGAAACUACAAUAAAGCAACAACGUCAAGAAAUUGCGCGACAGGGACAGCUACUCAACUCGUAUCAAAAGGGUGUACGUUACAAAGAGCAAGAAAUAAUGGAUAGUCUUAUCAAGACAAUAGAGCAUUUAAACCAAGAACUUGAGGACCAUUCAAACAUCGCAACCAGCACGAAACUGAGACACGACAGCGAGCUGAAACAACUUCUCGAUCGAUUAGAAAGAGCAGAAAAGACAAUUGAAGAGUUGCGCGAUCAUUUGGAAACACAACGAAAUGACUACCAUCUUUUAGAACAAAGCACUAUUGAGACCGAAAAACAGCUGAAUAGUUUCCAAAACCCUCUUACAAUUAGACGUGACACGAUCAAACCUACCACAGAAGAACUCGGAGUCGGAUCACAUGGAGGUGUAAAGGUUGUACGAUGGAAUGGUGUGCCAGUUGCAUCAAAAGCUGUUCACAAUAUCAUAGUCGACUCGCGUAUCAGAGGUCUUGUUCAACAAGAAAUCGAUAGCUGUUGUCGCAUUCGUCAUCCUAACAUUGUAACAGUGUUUGGGGCCGUCACGCACGACGAUCAGCCACCUCAACUGCUCAUGGAAAUAAUGGAAGGAUCUUUAAGCUCCGUGAUAAAGGCAGCUAAAGCAAACUACCUUACAAUGCGAGAGCAGGUAGACAUCAUGCGAGACUGCGCUGCGGGUAUCAACUACAUGCACUUGCUAACACCACCUCUUCUUCACGGUGAUGUUCGAUCAGAAAACGUACUCGUCACACAAAACAUGACAGCCAAGCUGGGCGAUCUCGGUGCUGCUCACAUCCUGAAUGCUUCCCAGUCUGCCGGACCUCUCAGCUUGAAUUAUCUUGCUCCAGAGAGAAGGCCCGAUGUAGUACAUGGUACCGCAAUUCACAACACUCCGGCUGCAGACAUGUUUAGUUUUGGAAUUCUGAAUAUUGAAAUAAUAACUGGUAGUGUACCUAGAUUGAACGAGCGAUCGAAAUUUGUGCGAGCGAUCCAACACAAGAGAUUGCGGGCGAUGUGUCAGCAGAUGACAGACGAACGACCCCACACCCGCCCAACUUGCACAAAUGUUUUACAGCAAGUACUCGAGAUGACGCGUAACAGCCAAUACACUAAAUGCCAACCGAGAAGAAGAGUGCGAAGAAACCAUGAGAAAGGAGUAGACUUGCUGCACUCAGCAAUACACUGAUAUGACCCUAGUACCUACGUAAUUGCCAUUGUGCUACCAUUGCAGUCGUAGUUAUAUUGUAUACCAUACUACGCAUGCGUAUAUUAACGUGUUUGUUUUUUGCUUACUGCGUGCAUGGUCUGGCUUAAUAAAUUAAUUGCCGACACACUGCCAA